GCAAAGUUUGACACUGACUUUCCAUGGAUAUGGAAGAAACCCAUCAAACAAAUUGCUGAAAUUCUCGAAAUCAACUCAACAUUUAGUUAUUUAAUCAUGAGCUUUCCUCACAUGGCAUCUCCUAAAGGAAAAGCUAUUGUGAUUAUGGGUCCAAGUGGUGCAGGAAAGUCAACAAUAGGUCAGAUGCUUGGAAAAGCCAUAAAUGGUCGCUUUGUUGACGCAGAUGAUUUUCACUCUCCCUCGAACAAAGGUAAUGCAUCAAACUUAGGAAGUUUGGAAAGGAAGGUUGUGCUUGAAUCAGUUAAGUUUUCUUUCAAAGGAAAGGUGUUUGGUAAUGCCUAUUUUAGCUGAAUACAUAAGUCAAAAGCUACCUAUUCUGUUCAUAAGUUGUGUGAUUUAAAAUUCUGUUGUUUGGUUAAUGGGAAUGGAAUCACUCAUGACAUUGUAAUAAUCUAUGGAUAGGAAUAACAAGUGUGGUAAGGAGAAUUUUACCCAAAACUUUCUCCCUUUUCCUGCUUUCUUGGAAUAGGAAAAGCAAUACCUUGGGGGCCUAGAGUAAGAGUUAAUCCUUGAUCACUUUAGUGUGAAAACAAUUCUGAAGUAAAAAUGACUUCUUCAUUGUACCAAACAAGCUACUCCCUCCGGAGUCCGGUCCUAAAAACUUUCAUGUUUUAACUUUUUUUGUCAACAAUGACACUCUUUAACCACAAAUUGUGAGAAAAGUAUAUUUAAUUAUAAUAGAAAUUCAAUAUAAUCGGGUUCAUCUU